CAUGUGCACUGCCCUCUGCUCUGACGUCACCAGAGAGGCGCCGCCCAGGGAGUGGCUUGUGUCUUUCAAACACCCCGUAGUCUUACAACGGAGUAAACAAAAAAAGCUCCCCGGACUGGAGAGAGCUGUCCCCGGCCGUCUCUGAUGAGCCCCCGCAAACUGCGACUGUACCCCGCCUGCCACCGACCCCCUGAUAUGUGCCUGGGCUGCGGGGCGGCAGCUGUGCCCUACCUGGCCGCCCUGGAGGGGGGUCACCGUAUAAUGGACUGAAUAGGAUGGGCAGAGGAGGGGGCACUAUGGGCUACGUGAUCUGAGUCUAUAGCCGCACACAGCAGGUAGCCUUGGAGAGAUAUCUGUGCAUAAACUGGAUUGGGUGACAUCUGUGCCAGCAAUGAAGUGCACAGGACUGUCCGAGAGCCAACGCCUGGAAAUACUUCUGGACAAUGCACUUCUCAUAGAAGAUAGCAAAUGGAAAGUUCCCUGCUUUCUAGCCUCCACUAUCAAGGGCACAGAUAUCUCUCCGAUGCAAUAUGAACAGGCUGUGUUGUGGAUGGAAGAAUUGAAGUUGCGCUUCCAUUUCUACCCGGAAACAUUUGGCUUGGCAGUUAGCAUCCUAAAUCGCAUUUUAGCUUCAGUAAAGGUCCAGGUGAAAUAUCUUCAGUGUAUUGCCGUCACAUGCUUCUACCUUGCAGCCAAAACCAAUGAGGAAGAUGAGAUGAUACCAUCAGUGAAGAAGCUUGCAGUGCAGAGUGGCUGCAUGUAUUCCUCUGCGGAGAUCUUAAGGAUGGAGAGAAUCAUACUAGAUAAACUGCAGUGGGAUCUGUACACAUCCACACCGGUGGACUUCCUGAACACUGUAAGGAUAUGUUACUGAAAGAAGUAUGAUCGCGUACGAUAUACACAUUUUCACAAAUCCGCUACUGAUCUUCUAUAUUAAAGAAGCUAAGACUUACAAGUCACUGACUUAGUUGGACAAAAAUAAAACUUUCAUUUUUUUUAAUAAAAAAAAAUCUAUUCCGCUUUUUAAAUUUUCUAUUCCAUGAAAUAUUAACACGUUGAAAAAAUAUUUCUUACUCUGCUUUUUUUUUUCUUUCGAAUAACACUGUACAUACAAAGCUGUCUGGUUUCGAACACCUUGUAACCUGCCACCAAGAAGGCCUGAAGCUUAACGUAUCAUUGUACUGGCACUUGUAAUGUGUCUGUGACCGGUUUCUGCUGGAAAGUAACACAUUCGAGCAGAAUAAAUAUUCAGGUAUUAAGGCAAAACUGUAUUUAGAGGGAUUGGGCUCUGCUCCAGGCAGCAGAAUUUAGAGGAGUUUACUUGGUGCUCUGAGCAGGAGACAUGCUGGUAUGUGUAGUGCUGAAGCUCGGCCUGGUGGAAGUAUACCCUGAUCAAAGAACAUAGUUGUAAAGCUUAUACAUGGUCCCGACUUUAUAAUCCCUGUAUGUGUGUGCGUGUGCAUACAUUACAUAGUUGUAAUGUUGGAGGAAUGGGAAUCUCAUGUCUUUUCUGAUUAUUGGCUACAAUGAUGCAAGUCCUGCUCCGCUUAUGCUAAGAAGAAACUUGCCUUUAAAUCACGUCCCCACCCCCUUCUUAGGCAGUGAUUUUACUUACAAAAGUUUACUUCUGUAAUGGGAGAACUCUGAAACACAGUAUCUCUCAUUUCCAUCCUGAUCUACCAUUAUCCAUUGGGGACCAAAAGUGAAAAUGUACAGAUUUGGUGGGUUAAAUCGGAGCAUAAGCAAAGACCACGAAUGUAGCCAAAGAACAAAACACGUACAAUUGAUGGUGUUCAGAGAACAUUGUUGUUACAUUCAUUAGAAGCGUAAUAGUCCAAUGGGUAAUGACUGUGUAUGAACAUGUGACAAGUGGCCACAUUUCAGCCUUCCUGAUGUGAGCUGCAUUUUGCUUUUGCCAUGUUUGGUCAUCAUAAGUAAAACAUGAAGACGGUCGACCGAGACAUAAUAGACAUUUGCUUUUCUUUCCACAGUUCCAUGCCAUGGUGAUGUCCAACUGGCCUCAUCUCUUCGGUGG